ACGUCACUGCUUCGCUGCGUUUGUUUGGAGUUCGCUGCGUUUGUUUGGAGUUUAGAUUCGCAAUUUACAUUUUUAUCUUAAAAUACUUCCUCAUUCACUAAAUAUUUAUCUCUCCUACUUGGGGUGAACAAUCCCCUAACACACUCAUACAAACAAAUCUACUUUUAAACGUUCUGUUUCUCGAGCAUCCGCUUGGUGUUUGUAGCUUUAGCCUGCUAGCACCGCUGGUCAGCUAAAGCUACCAACCCCUUUCACACAUUUAUUUUCUCACUUUCUGGCUUUGCUCUUCACCUUGUACAAUGUCGCUUGCGUGUCUGUCCUUGAGUGCAGGAGAGGCAUCGAUGGAGGCGCUGGAGCUGGAGCUGGAAGCGGUGGAGUCCCAGAUUCGCUCGCUGGAGACGAAGCGAGAGGGCAUCAGGGCUCUGCUCUUAACCCGUACUCGCUCGUCUGAGGUAAGUGUCCGAUACAACGACAAUCUCCCAGUUUCUUCAACCCCGCGUGUUUCUCUGUCCAGGCCCAGCGCACCGAGGACGCGGUGCACCCAGGCGUCGUUCACGCCGACUCCCGGCUACCACGGCCCCUGGGUGCAACCGCGUAAGGUGCUUGCCAGGUCCCGGGGCAGAACGUCUCCUCCUCCGGUGUUCGAGAUCCCCACGGAGAACCGCUUCGCCCCUCUCCGCGAGACGGGUCGCGAUGUUGCCAUCAUUGGCGACUCAAUCGUCCGCCACGUCCGCUCCACUUCCUCCAAAGAUACCUACUAUCCUGAGCGCUGCCGAGAGCCUCGGUGCCGCCGUCCUCCACGUGGGGACGAACGACACCGGGCUCCGGCAGACGGAGAUCCUGAAGAAGGACUUCAGGAGCCUGAUCGAGACGUUUUGACGCACUUCGCCCGCCACGCAGAUCAUCGUUUCUGGACCGCUUCCUACCUACCGCCGAGGAAAUGAAAGGUUCAGUAGACUUUUUGCUCUGAAUGAAUGGCUAUUAACAUGGUGUGAAGAACAGAAAUUGCUCUUUGCCAAUAACUGGAAUCUUUUCUGGGAGCGUCCUAGGCUUUUCCGCGCUGACGGGCUGCACCCCAGUCGAGCUGGAGCUGAACUCCUGUCGGACAACAUCACCAGAAUACUUCGCUCUAUCUGACUAGUAAGUAAAAAUUCACAAAACUCACAAAUUAGCCACACAGACUCCUAUUCGUCCCACAAAAAUAACAGUAAUGCAUACCUAACUAACCACAUAGAGACUGUGUCUGUUCCUCGUAUUAUUAGAUCAAGAAACAAACGUACUGUGUGCUCCAAAAAUAAUCUAUUAAGAAUUAAACCAGAAAAAACACGAAAAAGUGAAAAUACAAAUUUCAUGAAGCUUGGUCUCCUAAACAUCAGGUCACUAGCACCUAAAGCACUUAUCAUAAAUGAAAUAAUAACAGAUAACAAUCUUAAUGCACUCUGUCUCACUGAAACCUGGCUGAAACAAAAUGACUAUAUUAGUUUAAAUGAGGCAACUCCUCCAGGAUUCUUAUAUAAACAUGAGGCUCGUCAAACUGGUCGUGGUGGUGGAGUUGCGUCAAUCUUUAGUGAUAUUCUUAAUGUUAAUCAGAGAAACGGACUUAUGUUUAGCUCCUUUGAAGUACUAGCGCUUAAUGUUGUCCUUCCAAACACUAUGCAAAACCUAUGUUAUCUCUCGCUCUAAUCACCAUAUAUAGACCUCCAGGACCCUAUGUCAAUUUUCUAAAAGAGUUUUCUGAUUUUAUCUCUGACUUACUAGUUAAAACUGAUAAAAUACUAAUUGUAGGAGACUUUAACAUCCACAUAGAUGACGCUAACGACACGUUAGGGCUCGCGUUUACGGACUUGCUGGUCUCACUAGGAAUAAAGCAAAAUGUUAUUGG